AUGAUUGAGACAUGCUGCACACUAGAACCUCCAUUUGCAUACGCUUUGAAUCAUGACAUCGCUUCCUGUUAUCGAGAGGAAACUGAUAUUUAUUUAUUAGGCAAAAAGUUUACCAAGAAAGAUGGACUGGAAAAAAUAAGAGAAUAUGUUCGGUCACGCUUUUGGUUUACUUAUCGGAAAAACUUCUCACCUAUUGGAGGAACAGGCCCGGAGUCUGAUCAAGGCUGGGGUUGCAUGCUUCGCUGUGCUCAGAUGGUCUUAGGAGAGGUGCUUCUGAGAAGACAUAUCGGCAAACAUUUCAUAUGGAAUGAAAAGAACGAGAAAAACUCUAAUUACGACAAGAUUUUGGAAAUGUUCCAUGACGAAAAAACCGCUUUGUAUUCAAUACAUCAAAUAGCGCAAAUGGGCGUAUCUGAAGGUAAAGCUAUAGGUGAAUGGUUUGGACCAAAUACAGCUGCUCAGGUUUUGAAGAAGUUGGCUAUUUUUGAUACCUGGUCAAAUAUAGCCGUUCAUGUUGCUUUAGAUAAUAUUCUGAUCAAAAGCGAUGUUACAAAAGUGGCAACUAUGUCGACAUAUGAUGCUGUUAAGUUGAUAAGCGCUGAUGGAUGCGUGGAUGAAUCCCAUUUAGCUCUGUCGACUGAAGCCCUAACAACAUCAUCAUGGCGACCUGUUCUUUUACUUGUUCCUCUCCGGCUUGGACUAACGAAUAUGAACAAGUGUUAUUUACCAGCUCUUCAGGAAUACUUCAAACUGGAUUCAUGUGUUGGCAUUAUCGGAGGCAGACCCAACAGAGCACUUUAUUUCGUUGGUAUCUUUGAUGACAAACUCAUCUACCUCGAUCCUCACUACUGCAGACCUUCCCUCAGUAGUAACAACCCAAAGGAGGUUAAAGUGGAAUCUAACGAGGAACCUUCAACCUAUCAUUGUGAUAUGACUUUCUGUAUGGACUUGGAUCAGGUGGACCCAUCCUUAGCAAUGGCUUUCUUCUGCGAAUCAGAAGAAUCUUUCAAAAAACUUUCGGAAGACUUAAAAACGCGCGUUUUCCCAUCUUCAAACCCUCCACUUUUCGAACAACUUAAUGAUCGACCGAAAUACUGGCCUCCCUUCGAACCUUACACUGGUGUGAAGGCCAAGAUUGAAAUGAAAGAGUUCGAUGAUAUGGGCGAUCCAAGUUACAUCAUUGAUGACGACUUCGAAGUGUUGCAUGAAGAUGAACCUCAUGGUACGGCAGCUGAUUUGGACUUCGAGUUGGAAGAUGAACAGUGUGAGUCCCCUAGUAAAGAGCUCGAUUAA